AUGCCAAACCCCCUCCGAGCGGCCAAGCGCCAUCGGUAUACCUCGCUUCAUCCCGCCGCAGACAGCAGCGACGACGACGAUCUCGCCGACAUCGAAAAGCGGCACUCCCUCGAUGAGUUCGACCGCUUCUCCACGCCCAGCUCCGCCUACUCCUCCCGCGCCUCCUCGGGCGUCCAGCAGCCCAUGUUUCCCUCCUCCCAGCGCCGCUCCUCCUCCGCAUCGCGGAAAGCGCAUACACAACAUAAUGCGCCGAGCUUCUUUGCGUAUAGGGGCCCACGCCGGUUUUCGAGAUAUUUUACCUUCGUGCUUGGGAGUAUAAUUGUUGUCUUUAUACUUACGCUUACGAGACUGAGCUGGGCGAGUGCGAGAAAUGUGGAGUUGGGGCUGGGAAGGUCGCCUCCGAAACCGCCGAUAUGGGAAGCGUUUCCGUUUUUGAAGAGGUAUCAUGGUGGGAUCAGAACACUGGUGCCUAAGGAACUGAAUGUGCCUGAGUAUCCGCGAAAGGGGGAUGAGGUUGCGGCAGGAGAAGAGGCGCAGGCUGGGGAGCCGUAUGAGGAGGUUGCGGCAGGGGGCUUGCCGCCGAGUCAGAUAUUCCAUCCUUAUGGAAAGAAAGAGGAGGAGGGUUAUGGCGCAAUACAGGAGUGUUUCUUGGAUGAGGAGAAGAGGAGGAUACCGAGGACGCGGGUGUACAACGGUGUUGUAAAGGGGCAACCGGAUAAUAUCAUGGGAUCCUAUGAACUGCUUGGUUUAAGAAAUGAUGUCUGCUUUGAGAGGUAUGGGAGGUUGGGGCCAUAUGGUUACGGCUACAGCAGGAAGCUCGGCGGCAGUGGAGCCGGCAUGGAGGGUGACAGGGAAGGGGUCGAGCAGAUCUGGGAAGACGGAACAGAAGUUGACUUCAGAGCGGUCAGCUGGAAGAAGGUGCAGGACCGCUGUCUGACGGCGAAUGAACACAGGUUCAAAGCCAAGCCGAAGGGCCGUAACCAUUCUUAUCAAGCGAUGGCAGAUGGUGGGCCGGACCCCCAAGCCCUGUCAUCUGAAUCUGGGAGUACUAAAGAGCUCCUCGGGACCCGGGGCGAUACUGAGCGGUCAAGUUCCGACAGACUCGCGGCGCUUAUGGACGCUACCAGUAAUAACACUGUGCCCGUGCGAUCGCAGCAGGCGCCUGACAAGCUCCUCCUUAGGACAGCGAUCUUGAUCCGGACGUGGCACGACUACCAAUACGAUGAUGAAGACCUGAUCUUCUUGCGCUCACUCAUCUCCGAGCUCACCAUCCACUCCGGAGGCGAAUACGUUCUCCACUUCCUCAUUCACGUCAAGGAUGACAACCUACCUAUCUGGUCUGAUGACGCUACUCACCAGCGCGUCCUGGAUGACUCGCUCCCAAAAGAGUUCCGCGGCAUGGGAACGCUCUGGACCGAAAGACAAAUGGGCCUCCUCUACGGCGGGCUCGAGGAGUCCUUCUACCGCAAUCUCCCCGUGCACGGCGCCUACCGCAGCACAUUCAUGCCCGUACAGUACUUCGCCCACCAGCACCCCGAAUACGACUUCUUCUGGCACUGGGAGAUGGACGUCCGCUACACAGGGCAUUACUAUCACCUCCUCUCCCAAAUAUCCUCCUGGGCAAAGCAACAACCCCGCAAGGGCCUCUGGGAGCGCAACACCCGCUUCUACGUCCCCUCUGAACACGGCACCUGGGACGACUUCAAGCACAUGGUGCGCGUCCAGACCGAGCACGGCACUAACUCUAAAGCAAACAUCUGGGCAGACCUCGCGGCCAAGAACCCCAAUAUCCCCGACUCCGUCAAGAACGAGCAACUGACCGGCCCGGAGAAGCCGAUCUGGGGUCCCGAACCACCUCUCGAUAACGAGCUGGCCGAUAGCUCGAACGACCCCGUACCGCCACACAGCUACAAAGAAGACCAGGACACCUGGGGCGUCGGCGAAGACGCCGAUCUCAUAACCUUCAACCCUCUCUUCGACCCUGCGGGCACGAACUGGAUCCUCGCGGAAGACGUGACGGGCUAUAACACCACGCGCGGCCUCCCACCCCGCCGCACCGUCAUCAAUACCACUGGUCGUCUGUCGCGCAGGCUGCUGUUGACUAUGCACGCCGAGACGGCGCUGAAGCGGCAUUCCAUGUUCUCUGAGAUGUGGCCUGGGACAGUGGCGCUGCAUCAUGGCUACAAAGCUGUUUAUGCGCCGCAUCCCGUCUUCAUUGACCGCCGCUGGCCGACUGCGUUGCUGGCGGCGACGUUCAAUGGCGGGCGGAAUGGCGCGGCGGGUGGGGCGAGGACGUCUGUCUUCUCGGACGAGCGGCAGCAUAACUUCAUUGGAAGCAGCUGGUACUACCAUUCCGGAUUUGCACCGAACUUGUGGAAGAGGUGGCUCGGUUUUAAGGUGGAUAACGACGGCGGGGAGGAGUUUGAGGAGGCUUUUGAGGGUAGGAUGUGUUUGCCGGGGAUACUCUUGCAUCCGGUCAAGCAGGUCGAUUUGGUAUUUGAACAUACGGCUGAGGAGGCUUAG